ACUCUUGAUGCGCGUGCUCUGUGCUUUCGGCUAAUCAUGGUUGGGUGAAUGGGUGUGUAGCUCAUAGCGUGUAUGAGGAAGUUUGUUCUGUAGUGUUAGUUGUUUGACCAGAUGUAAAAUUACAAUUACACGUCGAGUCUAAAGUGGCGAUGCCUGUUUUGUUGUGGUUGAAGUGAGCAUAUGGUUGAUUUUCAAUGCCAGUCGACAACAACAUCAAUGAUACGACAAUAAAUAUGACUGCGUCCAUUCCGAGUAGGAAAGCGGAUAUGCAGAAGAAAGACGUACUCGCAACUGAUGACGGAAGCUGUACACACUCUAAUGGAAGUAGUACCUCAGAAGACGAAGAAGAUCCCGACUAUGAAGGAGUUUCGACGCACGAAGUGUCUGAAGUUUCGACAGGUGCGUUAUGCCUCAGUGGGUCCCCAUCCAACUUCCACAUGGAGAACAAUAGUGAUGUUCAGAUUGGCCCCAGACUCCAUUACAAUGCCCCAGUCACUAUCAACCAAUUUGUUCAUGUGCUGGGAAGCAACGAGGUCUCUCCAGAUGGCAUUCUGCAAGAGGCCGUUAGGGCGCCCAUACACGGACUUGACGCAGAAGAAAGUAACAUAUCACAAGCCACACUGAUUGGCUCCAUUCAGAAUCCUCAUGGCGAAUCUCAUCAUCAUACUGCAGCCGCAGCAAAGUAUAACAAGAUGGCCUGUCUCUGCCUUCACUGGCGGAUCUUUCUGCCAACUCUGGCUGUCAUCGUGCUGCUGGUGAUAAUUCUAACAGCCAUUAUCAUUCACUUUUCUUCCAGUAGUAGAGAUGAUCUGCCGAAACAGACUUUUUAUCCUGCUCCCGAAGAUCCAGAACCAAACCCCAAUACAACACUACCAGGAGAUCAUGUUAUAUACUCCAAAGAAGACUGGUAUGGUGUAGCACCAAAAUUUGAAAGGCAGCUUAAACACCCAACACCAUUCGUUGUCAUUUCCCACACAGCAACGCCAGCUUGCUAUAGUCCAGUUGUUUGUGCAGCUCGGAUGAGGAACUUCCAAGAUGUACACAUGGGAGACUCUCAUAACUUUCCAGAUAUUGGUUAUAGCUUCGUGGUCGGUGGCGACGGAAAUGUGUACGUGGGAAGAGGAUGGGAUGCCACAAACAUGCAUUCUGGUUUUGUGAAACGAUGUAAUAUCGGAAUAUCUUUCAUUGGUAAUUUCGUUCAUGAUACACCAACAAAUGGUCAGAUACAAGCAGUGCAGGAACUUAUAAAGCUUGGAGUGAGUCUAGGAAAGAUUGACAAAAACUAUAAAUUGGUGGCAAUGAACGAGACAUUUACCACAUUAAGUCCUGGAGUGGUUCUAUAUGGUAUUAUUGCCAAAUGGCCUCAUUUCUGGAAGCCUAGUCAUGAUGAUAUUGGUAUGUGUCCAUAUACGGUAUAGUGUUAGGAAUGUGUGGUAAUUUCUGUAAAAGUUAGGUAAGAUUUUAAGUUUUCACGGCAGUGAGUAUGAAGAUUUCUGUCUUCUGCGUUGUUGCGCCGUGUAGUCUGGUUGGUGGCCAAGUGAAAGACUGCUUUUUUUAUGGCUCAAUCCUGAAGAAUUUGAAGUCCAUUAUUUCAUCAAAUCCACUAGACUAGUUAUUUUUAAUAUGCAGAAAGGGAAUUUUAUAGGAUUAUGAUUGCAAUAAAGAAUUUUUAAACACCU